AUGUUGAUUCGCCGAUUUCGUGUGAAUCGUCUCAAUUCCUGGCUUCUCUCCCACGUCUACACAACCUCCACACGUCAGAAUUUAAAACAUCAACCGGCAACUGCCUCUACUAGUGUUCAAGAAGUUGUUACUAUUAGCAGCAGAAACAACAGCAAUUGCAGCGAUUUUAUGAUGAUGAUAAAACCAAUUAUUAUUUCUGGUCCCUCAGGUGGUGGAAAGUCUACUAUUUUGGCUAAAGCAAUGAAAGAAUAUCCAGAUGCUUUUGCUUUUAGUGUUUCACACACAACUCGUAAACCACGAGAUGGAGAAUUGGAUGGACAACAUUAUUAUUUUAUAGAAAAGUCUGAAUUUGAACGAAUGAUUAAAGACGGAGAAUUUCUUGAACAUGCCCAAUUUGGCGGGAACUUUUACGGGACAAGCAAAAAAGCAGUUCAGGAUAUUUGUAAUAGUGGAAAAAUUUGUGUAUUAGAUGUUGAACUUCAAGGAGUUCGAAAUUUUAAGAAGGCACAAUUUGAGGCAAAAUAUAUUUUUGUACGUCCCCCAUCAAUGGAAGUUUUGGAAAAUCGCUUGCGUCAACGUGGCACAGAAACAGAUGAUUCGCUUGAGAAACGUCUUAAACAUGCGAAAGAGGAUCUUUUGGCAGUUGAAAACGAGUCUACUCUUUUUGAUGUCGUUGUCAUUAAUGAGCAACUUGACAAAGCUUAUUCUGAUUUCCUUAACGCAAUUCGUUCAGAAUUGGAUGUUUUUAUACAAAAACGAAGCGAAAAGGAAAUGAGUAAUGGAGAAGGAAAAGAUGUAAAGAAUUAAAAAAUAUUUGAGUAAAAAAUAUUGAAGAGCUUAUUUAUGGCAUAAUUUAAUUUUUAUAGGCUUUGUAAGUCUUGACUAAUUUUUUUGUUCAGGCUUGAUAAGCUAGUUAAUUACUCAUCGAUUGAUUGGAAAAUUUUAAUAUUUUGAAAGGUUUUUGAAAGAAACUUUUUAAAUUUUUUUUUUUAAAUUAUUUGUAUAGUUUUCCAAUCAUUAUUUUUCUUUUACUAUAUCUAUCUUGCUUUUUGUGCAAUAAUUCGCUAGUUUCUUUUAAAUUUAUUGUCUUGUGCAAU